AUGACACGACAAGGGGCCUUUGUAAAAGAUGUCUUAAAGGAAGCCAACCAAAACAAACGUCAACAAAAGCUUCGCUAUGCCAAUGCAGAUCAAAUUAAUGCUGUGAGUGAAUUAUUUAUGAACACCUUGCGUGGGGCGAUUCGUCCUGGCAGAAAAACCGUGCCCAAAUUAAAACCCUACAGCAAACAGCUUCGCCUGAUUGCAAGUCCCCGUCAGAGUGUAAAAAGAAGACGUAACCUCAUGAUUCAUCAAUUAGGAACAGGUGUUUGGAGUGAAUUAAACCGUUGUUAUCAUUGUGCUAAGACCCGCUACCGCUGUUAAGAUGAAACAAUUCCUGUUCCAACGACUGCUAUGUGUGCUAGAAGGUUUGAUGACGUUGGUCACCCUGUUGAGAAACCUUCACCAACGCAUGAAAGAAAAAUAUCCCAAGAGGGGGGGUCCAAAAACGUAUAAGUAUGCCCCUGGGACUUUAAUGUUCAUUCAUUGCUGGCCAUGGACGGUAUUAGCAGCACGCCUGUGGAAAACUCUGUUCAAUUUUUACGGCUUAGGGAUAAAUAUAAAUCAGACCUCUUAGAUGAUAGUCAUCUGACUAAAGCAGUGGGUUUAGCGGCCCAACAAGAACUGUUGCUAGAAAGUCCGGCCCCCGAUACCUGGAAAGAACCCCGUUUGAAAUCCGUGAAUGGACAGUUACGACAAUGGACCAAGAAAAUUCGUCAGCCUGGGGGUAUACGCUCUAUAGGGCGUGAUGAUUUAGACGAGGAUGACGAUGAAAAUAAUUUA